AUGUUUCCAUCGCCGUCUGCAUCGAAUCCAUCGCCUUCCACUCCUAAAAACCCCUCCUUCAAUGGCCGGCCGAGCGGUCCUCGACCAUCCACCACGCGCGAUUCGGCCAACUCCGGAGCUGGGAACUCGGAAAGGAGGCAGGAUACACCUACCGAAUCUACCGUGACCACCGGUAAAUCGUCCAAACGAAAGAAGAAUCGUCAUCGAAAGCGUCGGAAUCGUCGACAGUCAUUCCUCGGUCCCGAGGAAUCGCCUUCUGUCGUGGCUCCCGCGUCCGUCCCCGAGACGGAGGGUUUAGCUCCGAUGGCCACCGAUCAGACCAAGUCGCGAGCAGCUCUUCCGUUCUAUAAGCUGGGAAGAGAUUUAAGCAGUACAAGUUUGGAGAGUGAGGCCUUGUUGGAUCAUCGGAACCAGCCUUUGAUGCGACCCCGUCGAGAUAGUCGUCUGGCGCAAUCGUUUCGUCCGGGAACCUCGUUGACUGGGUAUCACCCUGGCGAUUCCAACCCUCGAUUCCCACUGUCGAGUGCUUUGCGUGGUGGCGAUGAUAGCGAUGGCGCCGAGGCGGUGGACGACCGGACGCCAUUGAUCAGACCUGCCUCGGAGCACAAGCCGAUUCUGCCGCGAUACGGGACCGAUUCAAAGUCGAGUCCGUUUUCCUUUCGCCAGAGACGGAAGUCUACUGAUACAGCAUCAUCCCGGUGUUCACCGCGUGCCAUUACGAGUCCAGCGUUCCCGGAGGCGGAUCGUGAAUAUGACAUCAAUAAUCCGCCGUCGAUACCGACAACCCCGAAACUGGGCCCGGAGCUUGGUUACGACGAUGCCGUGGUGACCGGGACGGAAUUCGGUUUCUCACUCGCCCAGUCCAUUGAUAACCGCAGGGACUCGAUGCACCGGCCUCAUGACAUGGUCAUUGAUAUGGACGAUGGCAGACAGGGUUCACCGCCAUCGCCUCAUUCUACGCAAGAUGCCCUCCGUCGACGAAGAACACUCGCGCCUGAAGAGGAUGUUUGCUUCCCGGUCGAGGAAGCCUCCGAGCUUGCCGACGAAGAUGGACCAAGAAUCCCUCGCGAUGAACGUCGGAGACGACGGCGGCGAGAAUGGCCCGACCUAUCCGUUUUGGAGGAAUGGAGUCGUGGGGAGAAAGAGGAACGGACGGGUGACUUUCGGACGAAGAAGAUCAGCGAACCUAUGCUUAUCGAGGGCCGUUUGCGUCCUCAAUAUCGACUAUGGCGCCGUGAUGAGGACGAUGUCCCGUACCGAUUUACAUAUUUCAAUGAGGAGUUCCAUAGCACGAUCCAUGCACAGACGAUCUCGGAAUUGGUGCAGCCUGGAGGUAGCUUCCGAGAGCUCUUCAUCCCCAACCCACCCGAGCUGGAAGAUUCGUCCGAUGACGAAGAGGAAGAGGAGCCCGAAAAUCACCCCGUUGGGGAGAAUGCGGCGGCAACCAACAUCCAUAAUCUUCAUGCCGCUAACGAAGGGGAACACAUGGCCCCUACCAACGGCAACAAUCAUGAGAAUGCGAAUGAUCGCAAACAAGUUCCUCGGGCCUCUAUUAUCAGUGAAGCUGUCUCCGACGCACGUACUUCGGCGGAUGUAUCGCCUGCGCGCCGGCCCCCGCUGAUGCCUCCCCCCAAACCGAAGCGCUACGGACCUCGACCAACCUUCUGGCUCGACGUUCUUUCCCCGACGGACGCUGAGAUGCGCGUGAUCGCGAAGGCUUUUGGUAUCCACGCGCUCACCGCCGAGGAUAUCAUGAUGCAGGAGGCUCGCGAAAAGGUUGAACUGUUCCGCAACUACUACUUCGUUAAUUACCGUACUUUUGAGCAGGAUGUCAAUAGCGAAAACUAUCUGCAGCCAGUCAAUAUGUACGUGGUUGUGUUUCGAGAUGGCAUCAUCUCGUUCCAUUUCUCGCAGACGCCUCACCCGGCCAAUGUACGGCGGCGCAUCCGACAGUUGAUGGACUACUUGAUUCUCAGCUCCGAUUGGAUUUCAUAUGCGCUGAUCGACGACAUCACGGAUGUUUUCGGGCCCUUGAUCCAGUCCAUCGAGGACGAAGUCGACGAGAUUGACGAGAUGAUCAUGAAGAUGCAUUCGACGGUUCCCGGGGCAGGGUCCAACGACAAAGAUGAAUCCAGCGGCGACGAGUCCAACACGGUAGCGCCGGGUGAGAUGCUGCGACGAGUCGGGGUGUGCCGCAAGAAAGUGAUGGGAAUGUACCGCCUGCUGAGCAACAAAGCCGACGUCGUCAAGGGGUUCGCCAAGCGGUGCAACGAGCAGUGGGAGGUCGCUCCCAAAUCCGAGAUUGGUCUGUACCUGGGUGAUAUUCAGGAUCACAUCAUGACCAUGACCAGUAGUUUGACCUACUACGAAACGCUUUUGUCCCGCGCUCACUCCAACUACUUGGCACAGAUCAACAUUCUGAUGAACGAGCGCCAGGAGCAGACUGCCGACGUGUUGGGCAAGCUGACCGUUCUGGGAACGAUUGUGUUGCCGCUGAAUAUCAUCUGCGGUAUGUGGGGGAUGAACGUCAAAGUGCCGGGACAGGACGUGGACAGUUUGUCGUGGUUUUGGUCUAUUACGGCGGGACUUAUACUGUUUGCCUUUGCUUCCUUCCUUAUUGCAAAACGAGUCUACAAAAUUGUGUAG